GUGCUUCCCAAGCACUCAAAGAAGAGAGGAAAUUCAGCGGAUCCCAGCAUGAAGGACCAGAUGGAGCUACGGUUAACACAGAACCUGCUCCAGCCAAGCCGUUGAGUCCUGUUGCAGAAACCUUCAGAGUUAUUGAGGGGGCAAUGAGCGAAGAGUAUGUGAGAAGUACUCAGGGUGUCUUUCAGUUUGAAUUAUCUGGUGAUGACGGAGGCACUUGGUACAUUGACCUGAAAACCAAGGGUGGCAGCGCCGGUUUCGGAAAGCCUCCUGUGACGGCCGAUGUGGUUAUGAGCAUGUCGAGUGCCGACUUUGUGAAAAUGUUCACGGGUAAACUAAAGCCAACCCUGGCCUUCAUGUCAGGAAAAUUAAGUGUUAAAGGUGACACAGUGCUGGUAGCAAUGAGUCUGGAAAAGAUGCUGCCACAGUUCAUUUUUGAACACUAAUGGAACAGUGGCCUUUCAUAUAUAACUAUAAUGCUCUUUUAAUACACCAGUCCUCAAUUUUUCUUUGAUGCAGUAUAAGUAUCAAUAAAAUUUGUAAUUGUUAGAUUGCAAUGCCCAACAACGAACACACUGUUCCUUAAAACUUGCUAUAAUGAUUAAAAGAAAAAUGAUGUCCCAAA